UCAUAGCUGAACGUGUGCACAUAGAGUUAUUGACAGCGCAGGCGUCUCACUUGCAAUACAGGCGAAAGCGACACUGCUAAUCUGAGCUGAACUGCGACUCCAACCUCUGCCAUGUUCAGGAGAUACGCCCACGUGGUUUCUCUGAUUGCUGCAAUCGUGUUGGUGGUCGGGGCAACUGAUCUGGCGGAUUUCUUUGAGAGGAUACACACUGAAGGCGAAGUGACGACGUACCAAUGCUACCGAAAUGGUACCACGCUCGAGCCAUCCUCAUCCCGCGACUUCACCAUCCUGUGGAAAGGCUCGGACCAGUCCAAUGACGAAGCACAAUGCGUGUGCACGUUCCAGCUUGCCGGCGACAGUGAGAACCAGAGGUUCGAAUCCUCUGCCGAGUACGAAUCACAAGGAGACUACGCCAUUCUAUCAGGCGAUGGUAAACAGGCGCGUCUUUACCAACUCCGGCCUCCAUACCAGGAUGAAGCCUACUACUUCAAGGAAGUGGCCGAUCCGGAUGGGGAUCCGGCCUUCAAGAUUUACGACACAGACGAGACCUGCACAAACGCCGAAGCCCUUCGCAACCAGGUCUGCCCUGAACCGUGCGACUUGGAAUACGUACGUUGAAGGAUGCAAAGAUGCGGCUCAGGCAAUAACAAGUAUAACAACGAAACAUUAAAAGAGGUAGAGGGAAAACAUGUAAGUUUUACUUGUACGAGCGAAGACCUGACUAAUAAAGUCUUUCCACGUUAUUUA